CAAACUCAGUGGUAAGGAGUAGUCAUGUUAUGCGAGACUAUUUGAGACUUCGAGUGACUCAACAAUAAUUGAAUACAUUUUAAGUUUAAUUGAGUGUCUCUUUAGUGAUCAUUAACUCAACAAAACCUAUCAUUUGAUCCAAUCUUCUCACACAUUGUUAUACCUCUGGAACCGAUCGUUCAAUCAAUCCUUUGGUCCAUUCAAUACCUUAAACAAUGGCUGAUAAGAAGCAUAACGCCGAUGACUUGUCAACCGCUAUAUUAAAGACCAAACAAAAGCCGAAUCGGCUUCUCGUGGAAGAGGCGGCCAAUGAUGACAACUCUGUGGUGGCCUUAUCUCAGGCGAAGAUGGAUGAGUUGCAGCUCUUCAGAGGCGAUACCGUUCUCCUCAAAGGCAAGAAAAGACGCGAAACGGUUUGUAUUGUUCUGUCGGACGAGUCGUGUCCUAACGAGAAGAUCCGAAUGAAUCGUUGCAUUCGUAACAAUCUUCGCGUCCGUUUGGGUGAUGUGGUGUCUGUCCAGCCGUGUCCUGACGUCAAGUACGGCAAACGCAUUCAUGUGCUGCCCAUCGACGACACUGUCGAGGGUUUGACGGGAAGUAUUUUCGACGUUUACCUCAAACCAUACUUCUUGGAAGCGUAUCGACCCAUACAUAAGGGCGACCUCUUCAUCGUGAGGGGAGGCAUGAGAGCCGUUGAGUUCAAAGUGGUUGAGACGGAUCCGUCGCCCUUCUGUAUCGUAGCGCCCGAUACUGUCAUUCACUGUGAGGGCGAACCCGUCAAGAGAGAGGAAGAGGAGGACUCUCUCAACUCUGUCGGCUAUGACGACAUCGGCGGCUGUCGUAAGCAAUUGGCACAAAUCAAAGAGAUGGUGGAACUGCCGCUCAGACACCCGAGUCUUUUUAAGGCUAUCGGAGUGAAGCCUCCCAGAGGUAUACUCCUGUACGGACCCCCGGGAACCGGUAAGACACUGAUCGCACGCGCGGUGGCCAACGAAACGGGCGCCUUCUUCUUCCUGAUCAACGGGCCUGAGAUCAUGAGCAAACUCGCCGGUGAAUCGGAGAGCAAUCUACGCAAAGCCUUCGAAGAGGCCGAGAAGAACUCGCCGGCCAUUAUCUUCAUCGACGAAUUGGACGCAAUCGCUCCCAAACGAGAGAAAACACACGGAGAGGUCGAGAGACGUAUUGUUUCCCAACUGCUCACUCUUAUGGACGGACUUAAGCAACGAUCGCAUGUCAUUGUAAUGGCGGCCACUAAUCGUCCCAAUAGUAUCGACGCCGCUCUCAGAAGAUUCGGUCGCUUCGACCGCGAGGUUGACAUUGGAAUACCUGACGCCACCGGAAGGCUAGAGAUAUUGAGAAUCCACACGAAGAAUAUGAAACUCGCGGAUGACGUGGAUUUGGAGAGAAUGGCCGCCGAAACUCACGGUUUUGUUGGCGCGGAUUUGGCCGCCCUUUGCUCCGAAGCGGCUCUUCAGCAGAUCCGCGAGAAAAUGGAUUUAAUCGACUUAGAAGACGAUCAAAUCGACGCCGAAGUACUCAACUCUUUGGCCGUAACAAUGGAUAACUUCCGGUGGGCUCUCGGAAAGAGCAGUCCGAGUGCUUUGCGCGAGACUGUGGUAGAGGUGCCGAACGUGACGUGGGAUGACAUCGGAGGCCUGGAGAAUGUGAAGCACGAGCUGCAAGAGAUGAUUCAAUACCCGGUUGAAUAUCCGGACAAAUUCCUCAAGUUUGGAAUGACUCCCUCGCGAGGCGUCCUCUUCUACGGACCGCCCGGUUGUGGUAAAACACUUCUCGCCAAAGCCAUUGCCAACGAAUGUCAGGCGAACUUCAUAUCAAUCAAAGGCCCGGAACUGUUGACGAUGUGGUUCGGAGAGAGUGAGGCCAACGUUCGCGAGAUCUUCGAUAAGGCGCGAGCGGCGGCUCCCUGUGUGCUCUUCUUCGACGAAUUGGAUUCUAUAGCUAAGGCUCGCGGAGGAAGCGUUGGCGACGCCGGCGGAGCAGCCGAUCGAGUGAUUAAUCAGAUCCUCACUGAAAUGGAUGGCAUGAGUAGCAAAAAGAACGUGUUUAUAAUCGGUGCCACCAAUAGGCCCGACAUCAUUGACUCGGCUAUCCUAAGACCCGGACGUUUGGAUCAACUGAUUUACAUUCCUCUGCCGGACGAGAAGAAUCGGGAAAAGAUUCUUCAGUCAAACCUCCGAAAGUCUCCGUUGGCUCCAGACGUUGAUUUGGCUUAUAUGGCGAAAGUGUCGCACGGAUUCAGUGGCGCCGACUUAACCGAGAUCUGUCAGCGCGCGUGCAAACUGGCCAUCAGAGAGUCGAUCCAAAUUGAGAUCAAACGCGAGAAGGAAAGGGCUGGCAAUCCCGACGCGGCCGCUAUGGAAGUGGAAGAAGUGGAUCCCGUGCCUGAGAUCACGCGCUCUCACUUCGAGGAGGCCAUGAAGUUUGCCCGCCGUUCGGUCAGCGACGCCGACAUUAGGAAAUACGAGAUGUUUUCACAAACUCUACAACAAAGUCGAGGAUUCGGCUCUAAUUUUAGAUUCCCCGGCAGUCAGCCCGCGGGUGCGCCGAACGCGACUGAAGGUCAGGGCAACUUUGCCAACGCGGCCAACGAUGAAGAUGAUCUCUACAAUUAAACCAUUUAUUAAUUGAUAGACGUGUAGAUAAUUAGUGGCAAAUGAUUUGAUUCAUACAAAUUUAUGAUUUCGUGAUUUCAUACUAUUAUUAAUAUAAAAGUUUUGUCAAAAUUUCUUUUUUUAUAUGAUAUUUAAGGUCUGUUUUGCUU